CCGAAAGUAUCCGACACGUAUAUAUUUUAUUCAUUCUGAAAAUAGGAAAAAACUCUUCAAAUAAUAGAAGAGAGAGUAGCAAGGGUAUACGAUACUCGCGCGUUAGUGCUCACGAAGGGCCUCGCCUUCUUUCUUCCAGCUUCUCAAAUGCGACGAUAACGAUGGCUUUGAACGGAAAAUAACUGAAUAGAUUGGGAGAGAGAGAAGUAAAAUGCGAACUCUUUGCGAUGUGUGCGAGAACGCAGCCGCGAUUCUCUUUUGCGCCGCCGAUGAGGCUGCUCUUUGCCGUGCCUGCGACGAAAAGGUUCAUAUGUGUAACAAGCUUGCCAGUAGACAUGUACGAGUUGGGCUUGCUGACCCCAGUGAAGUUCCACGCUGUGAUAUAUGUGAGAAUGCGCCCGCUUUCUUUUACUGUGAGAUAGACGGUAGUUCCCUUUGCCUACAGUGUGAUAUGAUUGUACAUGUUGGCGGCAAAAGAACCCAUGGGAGAUAUCUCCUCUUGAGGCAAAGAGUUGAGUUUCCAGGGGAUAAACCUGGCCAUUUGGAGGACCUAGGGCUGCAACUUUCUGAUAAAACUGAUGGAAGAAAGGACAAAAAUAUGCCUACUCAAUUAACAAUGAUAGAAAACCAGCAAAAUCACAGGGGCUCCCCUAUUCCAAUACUAGAAAAUAAUUUCGAUGGUGAUGGCAAGGUGGAUAAUAAUUUGAUUGAUCUUAACACUAGGCCCCAAAGGAUACACGGGGAACCUUCAACUAACCAGGGAGUGGAUGUUUUGAAUAGCAAUAAUCAUGACUCUGCUGCUGUGGUUCCUAUUGGGUCCAUCAAAAGUGAGGCUGAGAAAUGAGCAGGCCGGCAUUGGUUCAUUGAUGGAGGAUUUGCAAAUGCUAGCAUAUGUUAGUCUCGCCUUUUCUAAAUUUGUGGAACUUGUCACCAACACUUGACGAUUUUAGAGAUUUGGCAGAAGAUCAAAGUAUGGAGAUGUAACAACCUCCUCUACCUUCUUGACAACCCAUCUUUGUGGUUUUCGUUCUAAGAGGUGGAAUAGAAUAACCCAGUUGUCGUGUAAUGAUCAUACCUCUGUAGGAUGUACUCCAUCAUUUAGAAAUUGUUUAAUUGGUAACGACGGAAUUUCUAGUCA